AUGCCAGCAAGUACAGUUGGGUCUGCGCACGACGACAGGGAAGACACAUGCGUAAUAUGUCUUUCAACCGUCACAGAGAGAGCCAUUACUGCGCCGUGCAACCAUUACACUUUUGAUUUUGUAUGUCUAGUGUCAUGGUUGCAGCAGCGGUCAACUUGCCCACUAUGUAAAUCAAAUGUCACUGCCGUCCAAUACGACUGGCGUUCUCCAUCCGACUACAAAAGCUAUACUGUCCCUUGUAGUCAUCCUUCCACCAACGACAGUCGCACUGACCGACCGGGCUCUCUCUUCGCUCCUUAUGGGCUACCCAGAAGACCGAGAGGCGCUCGCCGUCCGUACUCUCCACCUGUUGAAGAUCCAGCUCUACGCAGGCGUAGGGAAGUUUACCGCAGGAAACUGUACUCCCUCCAUGUGGGUAGUAAUCCCUUCUCCGGAUACCGCGACAUUACGCCUGAAAUGAUUGCACACUCUCCCGAUAUGCAGUCCAAAGCACGUACCUGGAUCCGACGCGAACUCCGCGUCUUCGCCUUCUUGUACACAGAUUCUACGGGUUCUUCAUCCUCUGGCGCAACAACAAGCAACAACGCCGAGUUUCUACUGUCCUACAUUGUGUCUAUUCUGAGAAUGGUAGACCUGAAAGCCAGCCAUGGACAUGCGGAGAACUUGGUAGCCGAGUUCCUGGGAAGGGAAAAUAGCAGGCUCUUUCUACACGAGUUGAAUGCUUGGAUGAGGAGUCCAUAUACCAAGGUAGAAGAGUGGGAUCAAACCGUGCAGUAUGUGGAAGAAUUGGGGGCAUAG